GGGGUAAAGUAAAAUGCGCUUUUCUUCAUGUUAAUAAAAGUAAAUGUGAAUUCAAAAUAGUGCAUUGUAAUCAGCUUUUCAAGCUGUAUGGAACGUUGUGCUUGUUAUUGGCUCAAACUGCCAGCAAGUUCAGGACGAAGCAAUGUUUAAAGGUAUUUUCGCAAAAAUAACUAUUUUCACCAACUUCGCAUAUUUUUUAAUGCCUCCCUCCCUACAACUAUAUCUUGGUAUUUAUAUUUUCGAGUAAUAUAAACAUAGGACUAUUGCUAGUAAAAGAACGGAGGAGGUUAUAUUCCUAGUUUUUGAGAAAUUUGCGUCGGGAGUCAGUUGGUCAAAUUUCAAAUUUUUUGAAUAAGAACCCUUGUAUUUGUAUACGAUGUAAAUUAAUCACGUACCAGUGUUGGUAUAUACAUAUACAGUGUUCGAAUACGAAGAGAAAAAGAAAGAUCAGGGUAAUUGUGUACGGUAUCACUGCGGUCAGAGGUCAUCAGUGAAGAAAUACUACAGUUGUCAAAUCUUGCAUACAAAAGUGCUUUAUUACAAAAAUGGCUCCGAAAUCAUCUUGUCAACAUCCCACGAGACAUGCGGAACGGGACAAGCCGUCUAAAUGGACAAAAGCAGUGUCGGCUGCUUUAGCAUAUUAUAUGACAAAUCGUUAUAACAAAUAUGUAAGUUUAAGUAAAUUCAAAAUUAAAGAAGGCGAUCCGUUAUGUACUCCAACAAAAAUUACCGUUGAAAACAACGAAACGAUCAAUAUUCGUGUGUCUGAGUUUGCUCUACCAUGUAAUAAUCAGUCUUACUCACCUAUGUCUAUCAUAGUUUCUCUCUCAACGGAUGAGAAUCGCGGGAGAGCUCGUCGAGCUAAAGAUGCCCAGCGAAAACGUCGCGAGCGAUUAGGUGAGAAGAAACGGGAAUCCGAGUGUGAAGUUGACAGAAAUCGAAGGGCCGAAUCGCGUUCUGGUCAAAUCGAAGUUGAACGCGAAGCCGGCCGUACCGCUAAUCGACAGCAAAUGAUCGAAUCACGUUCUUGUCAAACAACAAAAACAAAGGAAAAAAACCCAAAACUCCACUUCUUGACUCGAGCGAUUCGAAAUGCGGAAGUAAAACAGACUAAAACCGUACCACUGCCUUGGCCAUCACGUAUUCCGUACGACACACCACGCAAUAUGUGCUAUUUCAUAUUUAAUUUUAGUGAGCCAAGCAAGCAAAAAAAUGGCGGAAUGGAUAUUAAUAGUGGAGAAUCGGCAUUAAGUGAUGAUGAUGAUAUUAGUGAUAUUGAUGACAGUGUUGAAGGAGAGGACAAUUGGGAUGAUGAAGUAUUGUGUGAGGAGACAAAUGGGCAUACAACAACAAUUACAUCAGAAGAUCAAAAGAAGAUUGGAACGAUUAUUGAAAAGAUGAGAACAACGAUAAAGAUGAUUACCAAGUAA